UUUGGAAAGUUUUCCCGAAGGCUCCUAUUCAAGCUACUUCUCGGUUAUACUUUACUUUCAUGGUGACAAUAGUUCGGACACUUCAAAUCGAUCUAAUCUGAUUCUCAAUUAGCCUAUACCACAAAUGAUCGAUGUUCCAUUUUGGACUUCAUGCUGCCAGAUAGUUGAUGUCUUUCAACUGAGAAGUUAGAACCUCACCUUUCUCUUCAAAUGUCUGAGAAGCUCAGUAAAUCGAUGGAUUUGCACAAAAUACUUGGGUGAAGUUCUCCGAAAAGUUGUUUACGCUUAAGUUAUUUACAACUUCUCCAACAAUACAUUCUCGCCUUUUUUAUUGGCUGGGUGUCACAUUUUAAACCAAUCACAGCUCUAUGCCGCUGAAAAUUAACGCUGGUUGAAUUAACCGCGGGACUAUCUUCACUAAAAUGGCGACCUGUAGACCAAUCUCAUGCGAGGAGCAGUGAUUGGUUUACAGCUUUUUAUUAGUUAUGACGGUCCAACAGAAGCGAGUCGCGUCCCUCAUUUUAAGAGAACAUUAUGGAGAAAUUGUAGAGAAGGUCGGGACGUUUUGUAUCGCUAAAGGACUUCGUCCUUUGAAGGAUAUAACUCGAGGAACCAAACUACCUCAAGGCCAAGUGCAGAAGGCGUUGUGCUGCCUCAUUCAACAUCAUUUUGUCACAUUUGAAGUGAAUAAGAGAAACGUUACGUUGUACAAUGCGUGGAUUUCUAAUAUCCUUCUUCGUCUCCGUGCUCCGCGGUACAUUUAUUGUGUGAAAUCUCUUUUUGGGUACACUGGCGAGUUGAUAAUAGAUGAAAUUUUUCAGCAUGGGUCUGCUAUCAUGAGCACAGUUGUGGACAAAGUUGCGAGGCAUUUACAAGAGGAUGACAUUGAUUCAGAUGAGGAUGAGAUUCGAGUUUGUUUUGCUGAUCUCGUGAAGAACCAUUUUCUUCAAAGAUUGAGGCCAAUGAAAAGUGAAGAACAAACCAUGGGCAACAAUAGUUAUAAUGAGGAUGACCUCUAUGCUCUGCCACCUGGAAUGAACUUGCAAGGUCAUGGUUCAAAACGGAAGAGAAGUACUGGUGAUGAGGGUCAAACAGCAAAGAGGCAAAAAACAGGAGCAAGCUACACUGCUGGUGCCAGAAGCUCUGAAUUAAGCGAUGAUGGAAUUUUAUGGCAAGUGAACUUUGCAAGGUUUCAUCAGCAUUUCAUUGAUGAGAAUAUUGUCACUGUUGUAACCAAGAAAGUUGAUAAGUUUGCAGGGGAGAUUGUCAAGACAAUGUUGAAAUUGACUGAGCUGGCAAGAGAUCCCUUAUCACCAACAUCACAAACAGUAUCGCUUCAUGAGAUCUCACAGAAUUUGUCUGUAACUCCCAAGAUGGAGAAGGCACAGAUUGUUCAGUACCUUUCACUGUUGACAGAUGAGAAGGAUAAUUUGGUUUCCAAAACAGGAGAGAGUGGAGGAGGAAUGUAUUGUAUAAAUCUGCAAAAGUGUGUGGAUACCUUGUGCCAAAAUGUGAUUGAAUCCAUUGUUCAAGAGAGGUUUGGUUCAAGAUGCUUCAGAAUCUUCAGAUUGCUACUUCUUAAGAAACACAUGGAACAGAAACAGAUUGGUGAGUUGGCCAUGAUUCCAUCUAAAGAUGUCAAGGAGCUGCUCUACAAACUAUUUGCAGAGAGGUUUAUUGCACUACAGGAAAUCCCUCGUGCUUCAGAUUAUGCCCCAUCAAGAACAGUUUACUUGUUUUCUGUGAAUCUUCCACAGCUUAGUAGAAUGCUGCUUGAAAAAUCCUAUCAGGCACUUGGGAACCUGAUGAGCAGAAGGGAGACUGAAAUACAGGAGCACAGACGUUUAAUUGAAAAGAAAGAGAGAGUGGAGGCAACAAUAAACACACUGAAGGCUCAACAUGGUGAGGAGACAUCAGAAGAAGCUAUAGCUGAGCUGCGAGAGCUUAUUAUUCCAGCAGAACAAGAGCAGCUGAAGAAACUUAAGCUUUCUCUUGCCAAGUUGGAUCAGAGUGAGCUGCAAGUAGAUGAGACCAUUUUUAUUCUAUCCCAGUACAUUUCUUCGCAUUAGGAUGGAAGACUGAGAUUUAAGAAGAAGCUGGAAGAGACUUUUGUGUCUGUUGUGUCUCUAGUUUGGCAUGGUCUAAGGAAGUUGCUGACUAAUGCUGAUCCAGUCAGUUUGCAGACCUACUCUUUUCGGUGAGGCCACAAUCCAGAGAGUGAAGGUCACCAUCCAGAGAGUGAGUGAUUUAAGAGCCGUGGGGAUUUGAUGAACAAUAACAAAUUGAAAAUAAGAGGGGAACAACAAGAGGGGUUGCUUUGCAAAUGGUGAUUGGAGAGAUGAGGGAACCACAUCAAGCAAUUCAUUAAAAAAUGUACACUGCCAUCUAAAUUAAACCUUAAAUUAAAAACAAACAAACAAACAAAAUCAUAGAGGCCUGUCUCUAUUAUUUGUUAUCAAUGUUCCUUUUGUUUUCUUGUCUCUGUGUAUCACAUUUUACUUUUGUGUUGUAAAUAGAAUCUUUGUACUCUACUUUUAAAUGUUUUGAAACACCUUUCAUAGGUAGUAAUUUCAGAAUUCAUUGCGCUGUGACAAACUAGUAAGCAGUUUAUCUGAUUAUAUCUAGAGGUAUCCUAUCUGUCAUGUACUCCAAUGAAAAGGUUCAAUGAUAAGACUUAUUCUGUGUAAAACAUGACUAUGCUAAAUCAUUAAUGUCAUAUUUAUUAUUACAUUCUACUGUAUGUCAUUUUAAAAUAUUUGCUUCUCUCUAGCAUACAAUGCACCUUUGCAUAAGACAUCUAUACACUAAUUGUUACAUUUUGCUUGUACUUAUUACACUCAUAACUGUUUGUUCAUGCAGUGCAAUAAAUUGACUGCGAAAUGAAGAUUUGACAUUGGUCAGUGAAGACAUUGGUGAACUAAAUCAAAGUCUUGCAUAAAUUAUUAGUAAAAUGAACAUCCAUUGUGAUGUGUGGGUUGAAGAGUUGAGUUUUAGGUGAGGAUGGAAGAACUCUUGAUUGCAAACAUCUUUGUAAUUAAUGGUGAUGACAUGCCAGGUUAUUUUAGCAGAUGGCUUGCCUGUUCUUUGUUACACUGUAGACUGUUUCGAUGACCCAACUUUCUUUGCCCAGAAGCAUUCUGAGUUCUCUUUCCAACUUGGUUCACCUUGUUCAUAGACUUCCUGAAAAUGACAAUGAAAGGUACAAUAAGUAAAUGUGGAACGUUCAAAAUGCUUCUCUUAUUUUAUAUUGGGUUUCCCAUGUAGGUUUAAUGGAAUGAUAGCAUUACACUGUAGAGCAAUUUUAAAUUAAAUUCUGACAUUAGCAUAGCAUCUUGGACUCACACUAUAAUACAACAGAAUCAGUAUAUGACUGUGAAUAUAUGAAAAUCAUGUAAUUAUGUGAACUGCAGAUCAAGAAAUAAAUUUGAAAGCAAUCUUCACAGUAAUGAACACUACUUAUGCAUUAACAGCCUGAAAAAAUUUCAGACCUGUAAGGCAUUUGAACCCAUGAUCUCUACCAAACCAAGGAAGUACCAACUGAGCUAACAAGCCAACCAUGAAUUGAUCAUUGCGGUAUGUUGGUUUGUAAUAAUUAUAGGUUUCUACAAAAGUAUAUAACCCACAGAAACAGACUACAUGUUAAAGAUUAAGGAAUAGGUUAGAAAUAUUUAAUUUUCACAUUAAAUCUCA